ACUCACGUACACACACGUACACACACACAUACAGCAACUCUCCACAGGAAAAGCUAGAGACAGAAUGCGCAGCCCCUUCACAGCAGCUUUGGUGUGUCGUGGCGUCCAAAUGGGAUCGUACUACACUUUGAUAGUUGGUUAAUUACUCAUAUGAUACCACACAGAUGUCUGGGGGGCUCUAGCCGAAUAUUCGUCUCACUAACUCACUGACUGACUGACUGACGGGAUCCUGGGGAAGGCAGACAUUUAAGGAGCGCUGUGCUAAAUAGCUGUAAUCAGACUCUUAUCGCCUCAUCUGGAAAUCAAAGAGUGAACUGUGUUCUGCAAUGGGCAUUACGACACUACAAUUGCUUUUGCUAAUGGCCGUCCUGGCCACUGUUGGAAUAUGUCACAUUAAUGGAACAGAGGAAGUCCUUCAAAACUUUACUACCUCCAAAAUCAAUGUGCAUAAAGGUCUCCAGCCCUCCACCAGAAAAGCCCUGCUGGAUAACAAAACCAGAGUGAAGGGGCCUCCAUCCUGCAAGGAUCCCACUUCCAUCAAGCUCUAUUUUAAGUAUAUUAACACAAUUAUUUCCUGUGCCGUGUUUGUGGUGGGCAUGGUGGGUAACGCCACCUUGCUGAGGAUUAUUUACCAAAACAAGUGUAUGAGGAACGGACCCAACGCCCUCAUCGCCAGCCUGGCUCUUGGAGACCUCAUCUACAUCACCAUAGACAUCCCUAUCAAUGUCUACAAGCUACUUCUCACAAAAUGGCCAUUUGAUGACAGCUCUUUUGGACUCUUCCUGUGUAAACUGGUGCCUUUCCUCCAGAAAGCGUCUGUUGGGAUUACAGUACUCAAUCUGUGUGCUUUGAGCGUGGACAGGUACAGGGCUGUAGCAUCCUGGAGCAGAGUGCAGGGGGUCGGCAUUCCCCUCUUUACUGCCAUUGAGAUCUUUUCCAUCUGGGUCAUGUCCAUCAUCUUGGCUGUGCCAGAGGCAGUGGUCUUCAACAUGGUCACCUUUACCUACAAGAACCAAACCUACCGCACUUGCAUGCUCAAGCCUGAAACUGACUUCAUGAUGUUCUAUGUAAAUUGGAAAGACUGGUGGUUAUUUGGCUUUUACUUCUGCGUGCCGCUGGCCUGCACAGCUGUUUUCUACACCCUCAUGACAUGUGAAAUGCUCAACCGCAGAAAUGGAAGCCUUCGGAUUGUCCUCAGCGAACACCUUAAACAGCGGCGUGAAGUGGCUAAAGCAGUCUUCUGUUUAGUGCUGAUCUUUGCUCUUUGCUGGUUCCCUCUUCAUCUCAGUAGACUGUUGAAGAAAAUGGUUUAUGUUCCAAAUGAUGAAAGACGUUGCGACCUACUCAACUUCCUGUUGAUCAUGGAUUAUUUUGGCAUCAACUUGGCCACUGUGAACUCAUGCAUCAACCCCAUCAUUCUCUACUUUGUGAGCAAGAAGUUCAAUAAUUGCUUUAAGUCCUGCUUGUGCUGUUGGUGUUACACCAAGAACCAGGUGUCCAGCUCAGGCCCAAUGAACGGCACUAGCAUUCAGUGCAAAAACCAUGAGCCCGCCAACCUCAAUACCGACAGAAGCCUUCGUAAAUACAGUGAAUGAGAGGUGAAGGACUCACUCCAGUCAGCCUACAUGCUUAAAACACAUUAUAAAAGCGGACAUCAUCCAGCGUCAAACUUUGAGGUGGAAAACAUUGUAACCAUUCAUAUGAAACUAAAGUUCCUGUGCUCGGCGCAGUAUCAGGCUGUUUUUUUAUAUAGCUUCAGACCAGACAAUGGACCUGAUAUAUUUAAAGUCUCCCAUAGACCUACAGCAGCUGUUCCCAGACUUUCAGAGGGUUGUUUUGCUGUGUGAGAAGUGGUGGGAGUGAAGACCAACAGCAACAGGAUGCAGCUGAACCUAACAGCUUCAAAUUAACCCUCAUCAGGAGCUUGACAUGUUUUCCUUAUGUAAAUGCUACACUAUGAACAUGCUCUGGAUCGUCACUGUCCGACAUGAAAGGAAGUUACAGAAAGGAAGAUUGAAGUGGCGAGGGUCAAUCUGUGUUUUCUGUGUUCCUUCCUAUGAGCUUUGCCAAAGAAACUCCCAGCAUGCCGCUGAGGAGGCAGCCUAUCCUUCAAAUUCAGUGUCCGGUUGUUAUUGUUAGCACAUUGAAUGCAGUUAUGGAAGUUUAAGCCAGGCUAGUUUGUAAAACAGGAACUUCCAGGCCGCUACAUGUCUCAAUCUUUAUUAAGUUGUUAAGUGAAUCAUAUUGUGCGCUGGACGUCACUUCUGUUUAUUUAGUGGGGUAGGAAGAUAAUGAAGGUAUGCCUUUGUGUUUGAAUGCCAAAUUAAGUUUAUUGUGUAUAUGCUUGUUUACGGUGAAAAUAUAAGCUCAGAAUUAAAUUACAAAUCAAAACGUGAACAUAAUACAGCAAAUGUGAAAUGAACCAGCUGGAUUCAGUUCCAGCAAUAAGGAGGCAAAUGAAACUUGCUGGGAUUUAAGAAUAAUUUCUAGGAAUUCAUCCAACUGCAACAAAUUCUGUGUUAUCUUUCUGUAAUCAAAACAAAAACGCCCAAGAGAUACAAACAUGUCUUUGCUUUUUUUGACACUGUGAAUUUUCUGUGAACAUAACUCAUACAUGCUAUUAACCUUGCAUAGAUUAAUAUUAUUAAUAUUUAAUGGCCUCAGUAUUUGUAUGUCAUCUGUAUUUUAAGUUGAAAUAUUUAUUGUUGUUGCAAAAACAU